CUUCCUCUGGUUGAGUUGUUGAUGCGGCUUCACAAGAGUUGGAGAGGCAUGUCUGCGUUUCAGCUAGAGUGAAAUGCUCUCCAGUGUUCAUUGACUGGCGAAUGACAGAAGGUGAGGGCCGGGAAAAAGGAUGACAAUGGCGCAUGUUGGGGCAGUGGUUGCGGCGAUCACUGCUGUGAUGGCCAUUUUGCUUCACUCCUCCAUACACAAGAUUGAAGAAGGCCACUUAGCGGUUUAUUACAGAGGUGGGGCUUUGCUCACCGCUCCUAAUGGCCCAGGCUAUCACAUUAUGCUGCCUUUCAUCACCACCUACAGAUCAGUGCAGACGACACUGCAGACAGAUGAAAUAAAAAACGUGCCUUGUGGAACAAGUGGUGGAGUCAUGAUCUAUUUUGAUAGAAUCGAGGUGGUCAACAUGCUUGUGCCAUUAGCAGUGGUGGACAUCGUGAGGAAUUACACUGCGGAUUAUGAUAAGACACUAAUAUUCAACAAAAUCCACCACGAGCUGAAUCAGUUCUGCAGUGUUCACACACUACAAGAAGUCUACAUUGAGUUGUUUGAUAUUAUUGAUGAAAACCUUAAGACUGCUCUGCAGAAGGAUCUGAACUCCAUGGCCCCGGGUCUCACUAUCCAGGCAGUCCGUGUCACCAAGCCUAAAAUCCCUGAGGCAAUCAGGAGAAACUUUGAGCUGAUGGAAGCUGAAAAGACCCGACUACUGAUCACAGCUCAGACCCAGAAAGUUGUGGAGAAGGAAGCAGAGACUGAGAGGAAGAAGGCUAUCAUUGAGGCUCAAAAAAUGGCUCAAGUGGCUGAGAUCCAGUUCAAGCAGAAAAUCAUGGAAAAGGAGACUGAGAAGAAGAUAUCUGAAAUAGAAGAUGCCGCGUUCAUGGCCAGAGAGAAAGCUAAAGCAGAUGCUGAGUUCUACACAGCAGCGAAGUUUGCUGAAGCCAAUAGGCUGAAGCUGACACCAGAGUAUCUGGAGCUCAUGAAAUAUCAGGCCAUCGCUGCCAACAGCAAGAUCUACUUUGGCCAGGACAUUCCCAACAUGUUUGUUGACAAUACUGCCUCUCCCUCAACCAAAGGGGCUGACUCAUUGGAGCAGCUGGAGUCGUUAACCCAGGCUGAGAAAAAUCCUAGGAAAGUAACUGGGCUAAAAGCAGACGCAGAGCGUCACUGAGAGGCCCGCCCAGGGCUUCUCCUCUGUCACUGUCUGUGUCUCUGGGGCUGGGAUUGCUUGCGUGGCAUGAUGGCAUAGAUACUUUUCUGCUUUUCUGAGGGCUCUAAACUAACUGUGCAGUUAGUCAUCUGACUUGAGGGUACUGAUCAACAAAGAGGCUGUGUUUUACUAUCACAGGCCUGUGGUCUGGGGUAGGGCUUAAAUGUCUUAAAAAGACACUGAGAUCUAUAAAGUGUGCUAUGAAUCAGUGAUGCUGCUGUGAUGACACAGCGUUCAUUUCCCACCUAUCUUUUACUUCCUUUUGCCCUUUUGUGUUAUUUGCGGAUUGAUAUGUGAAAAAUUUGCAUCUUUGUGUUUGCAUAACUGGAAUUAUAAGGCUUCAUGUCAGUUGAGACGGGGGGAAAUUGGUUAUGCAGCUACAAGAGGUUUUUUUUUUGUUGUUGCUGCUGCUGCCAAAAGUUAUCUUGUGUCUUUCAUAACACAGUCAUAACACUGAGGUCUUAAAGUAAAGCCCCUCUACAAAACCUGUCAUACAACACUUUCAGUGUGACUAUAGGCCCAUAUUAAGCACAGUUAGAUGGUGUUCGUCAGUGAAUUGAUAUUGCAUUGAAAUGAUGUACAGUUUACAUUUGAUGGUUCUGUUAAUGAAAAGUUUUUGCAUUGUUUUCACCUCUUUUGUAAAUUGGGAAUCCACAGGUUAGUGUACAUGUAGUAUAGUAGUUGGGUUUGUUCCUGUGCAAGUUGAAAUGUGGGUGAUUGUUGCAUUGAAAUGUUAUGCUGCUUGCAUUCAGUUGAUUUUCAUAGCAUGGGCUCAGGAAUCCAACAUGCCAUUUGCUGCCAUGAUUUAAACAUGACUAGUUUUGUCUUACUUUGCUUUCACUGCAUGACUGAUGUGCAGAAUGAUGACCUCCAGUAGUCCAGCAGGAACCUACAAAGGGAAGUUAAAUAAGGGCUUAUGUAUCUGGAAAAUUAAAAUAAUAAAUAACUAAGGAAACUACUGACCUAAUGAAGGGCUAUGAAAUUUAAUCUUUCAGUAAAAUGUUUGUACCAGUUAAUAGACUUAUUAGACCUGUUAAUAUGAAGUAAAGAACACCUUCACUCACAUUUGCUGUUAUGUUUCAUUUCACCAAUAGGGGGAGCAUAGGUUCUUUUAUAAUUAUAGACUGGAGGGAAAAUACCAAUUGAGCCUCAAGUACAAAAAACACUGUUUUGGCUUUGUUAGAUUUAGAUAGUCUUAGUUUCCUACGUGAGAAAUUUGUGUGCAUUUAAUGAAAAGUUGUAAGCACUUAUGGUGGUUACUGCUAUAACAUGCUAAGUGUAUAGGUGCUAAUUCUCAGGAAAGAGACAGGAUGAGUUUACCAAAAGUAUCAAAUCUCAAGUCUUCUACAUUUUCAGUAGUUUGUGGGUUUCAGGAUUUUCUGCCUGGUUGAUUAGUCUAACUUGGAUCAGGCUUUAGGGCAUUUCUCCCUCUGUUCGUUUUAAAGGAACCUUUCGUAGGUGAUUCAUCAGGCCUGUAACAGCAUUCGGAUGUGUAAUGCCCUUUUUGUUCAGCAUGUCUUCUGCUUUCAACCUGCUUUCUCUCAGUUGGUGUGAAUUAGAUCAAAGAGCUGAGGAUUCGUCCAGUCUCUGUCAUUAAUUCCACCCUGUGUUUGCCAUUCCUGUGGGCUUCCUUCUCUGCUGUAUAGCAUUACACUUUUUUUCCUUGUGAUUUUAAAGUACAUAUUAUUAAAGGUUGGGAAAGGGUUCAUAAAAUGUGUAACAUUAUUAACAAUUUUAAGGGGGGAAAAUGCAUUAUUUGAUUAAAUGGAUUAUAUAAUUCAAUGUUUCAUGAGCAUAAGGAAAUCAAGACACUUUUGAAUCUAAUUACUAGUGGUGGAUAUGAUUUUCAGUGCUGAUCAUUUAGAAUGCGUGAAAUGAAGCUACUCUGUGAAUGUGACUUUUAUACGUAUGCAUAAGUUGAAUUCUUGAUUUCCCAACAUUUAUAUGCAAAAUUUGUAACAUUUUGACAGUUCAAUUCUCUAAAAUAAAACUUAUUUUGAUACCACCAA